UUGCAGUAUGUGGUGGUAAAACCGAAUCAGUUAUCUGUUCUGAAAGGUAUGUUUUUACCGUGGUGUGAAGGAUGUGGCCGUGAACAGUUCUUGCUCGGUGUUAGCAUUGUUGGUGCUGUUAUCAUGCCUCAUAACUUAUACCUUCAUUCUGCGCUUGUCAAGAGCCGUGAUGUCGACAGGCGGAGGAAGAAGAAUGUUCAGGAAGCAAAUUUUUACUUUUUCAUUGAGUCCGGUGUUGCUUUAUUUUGCAGUUUUAUCAUCAACUUAUUUGUUGUUGCCGUUUUCGCGCAUGGCCUGUAUAAUAAAACGAAUUAUGAAGUGGUCAGUUGA